GUAGUCCUAAAACGUUUCACAGAACCGUCUCUGACGGUUCUUCUUGAGUAAAGUGACUAUAACGGAAAUUAAACCGAUCACGCUCAUUUCAUUGUUGACUCUCGAAGUGUUCAGAAAUACCUGAAUGUAAUAGUGACUAAGCUUUAGAGAGGGAAUAAUGAAAUGUGAAGAUAUUCUGUUUUGUUUUCUAUUAAUAGUUUACAAUGGUUACGGUCAAGAAUUUGGUUAUGACGGUACUGUAGGUCCUAGUUACUGGGGUAGAAAAUUUCAAAGUUGUGCUUAUGGAAAACUACAGAGUCCAAUUGAUAUUGAAGAAAACAAUGUGACCGUUGUGAAGUUUCCUCCUCUAGUAUUGGAAAACUUCGAUAGUUCUUUGAAAAGCGUAACACUACUCAACAAUGGACACACUGUGCAAUUAUCCAUUGAAAAGGAUGUCAUUCCAAUGGUACAUGGAGGCCCACUGAAAGGAAUAUACAGAUUUGCGCAACUCCAUUUCCAUUGGGGAAAGACAGAUAGCGAAGGUUCGGAAAAUUUAAUCAACAAUCACAGCUUUCCAUUAGAGUUGCAUAUGGUAUUCUACAGUAUUGACUAUGGCACUUUUGAAGCAGCAGCUAACAAAACUGAUGGGUUAACGGUUUUGUCUUUUCUGUACCACAAAAGCGAUGAAGAGAACCCCAGAUACGCCAAAUUCGAAAACAAGCUACUGCAAGUGAAGAGAAUAGGGUCGACAAUUGGCAUUACGGAUUUUGGUUCACUGGAUAAUUUCACUACAACUCUGAGAGAUACAUAUUUCACAUACAAGGGAUCUCUAACUACCCCGCCAUGUUCUGAAGUUGUUAUUUGGAUAGAAUUUCUCAAAACAAUACCUUUAUCCCAUAGUCAGCUACAGGAGUUUCGACUUCUUACUAACCAAGAAGGAAGAAUGGAUCACAAUUUUCGACCGAUCCAACCACUUUAUGACAGAGUGGUGUAUUUGAAUUCCCCACAAGUAUCUUCAAGUUCAAAAGUGGAGUUGUGUGUUGCCACUUCGAUAUUUUUAUUAUUAUUGAAAGUUUGUACAUUCACACUUACUGAUAUUUGAUAAUNAACAGUUUGUCCAC